GCCCCCCACCCCGCUUCCUAGGACAGCGUGCAAUACAGUUCUAAGAUCGGAGGAAAGUAGAUACGAUAAAAUAAAUGAGUUACUACGACUCGAACAUUUGAACGAAGAAGAAAAGGAAAAUGUAAAAAAUUGAUUCGUAACAAUCAAGAUAGAUUUCAUAUUCCAGGAGAUAUAUUGGAAGCAACUGAAGUUCUAGAACAUAGAAUAAUUACUACGGAUAAUAUACCAAUCAAUACCAAACAGUAUCGAUAUCCACCAAUACAUCGAGAAGAGAUAAAUCGACAGAUUCAAGAAUUACUAGAUACGGACGUAGUGGAACCAUCAAUAUCUCCAUAUAACUCCCCGUUAUGGAUUGUGCCCAAAAAACCCGAUUCGCAAGGAAAUAAAUGCUGGAGAUUAGUUAUCGAUUAUAGAAAAUUGAACGAUAAAACGAUUGGCGAUGCCUUCCCAUUACCCAACAUUACAGAAAUAUUGGAUCAAUUAGGAAGUGCAAAAUAUUUUUCCACGUUUGACUUAGCAUCAGGCUUUCACCAGAUCCGUAUGUCGCAAGAGGAUGCCCACAAAACGGCAUUUUCGACACCAUACGGACAUUUUCAAUUCAAAAGAAUGCCCUUUGGAUUAAAAAAUGCCCCAGCAACAUUUCAACGUUUAAUGAACUCAGUAUUAUCGGGUCUGCAAGGAAUAGAACUAUUCGUCUAUCUGGAUGACAUAGUGAUUUAUUCCAGGUCUCUCCAGGAACACGAAAUUAAAUUUAAUAAAUUAAUGGAAAGACUGAGGACAGCCAAAUUACGAUUACAACCCGAUAAGUGUGAAUUUUUACGACAUGAGGUGAAUUAUUUGGGACAUAUAAUUAGUGAGGAUGGCGUGAAACCCGAUCCAAAGAAAGUCGAAGCCGUAUCAAAAUUUCCACGACCAAAGAAGGCGAAAAAUAUCAAACAAUUUCUGGGACUAGCAGGAUAUUACAGAAGAUUUAUACCCGAUUUCUCCAAGGUCGCGAAACCAUUGACACAACUAUUAAAGAAGGAUACUCCCUUCAAAUGGACGGAAAAUCAAGAAGAUGCAUUCAAUAAUUUAAAAACAGCGUUAAUGACGAAACCCAUUCUACAAUAUCCAGACUUUUCUAAACCCAUUAACCUUACCACAGACGCAUCGGGAUACGCAAUAAGCGGUGUACUGAGUCAAGGGCCAAUUGGAAAGGAUUUGCCAAUUACGUAUGCCUCAAGACUAUUAAAUUCCGCCGAACAAAACUACUCUACCAUAGAAAAGGAGUGUCUGGCAAUUGUUUACAGCGCAAUGCAUUUCCGACCGUAUCUUUACGGAAGAAAGUUCACUAUCGUAACCGAUCAUAAACCUUUAGUGUGGAUGCAUUCUAUCAAAGAUCCUACUUCCAGAAUCUGGAAAUGGAAAUUAAAAUUAUCGGACUUUGAAUUUGAUAUUGUAUACAAGAACGCAGACGCAGACGCACUAUCUAGGAACCCUCCGGAAGUUUGUUUACCAAUCAGGAAAAGAGAGGAAGUCUCACCGAUUCGCUAUCCUGUCCCAAAAAGAUUCGAAAUAGACACGUCAACGGAAGACUCUCCCGUGUUCGAAGCCAAACCACGCGUCCUAUCUCAAUCCACUGAUCUUACAAAACAAGGAAAAAUUUCUACUCGAAAGCAUCUUACACUGGAAAGAACACCCGUAAAAUAUUUCGACGAAGCACUAACCGAACUCGACGUAAACACAAAUAGAGAAAUAACUGAUCAAGGAAAAAGGCGCAUGGACGUAACAAGCGAAGAAGAACCCUCCGCCGAAAUUCCAAAACUAACUCCACAACGAGAAAAGGAUACGCAUGUCUCAAAAAGAUUUAAACUGGAUACGUCAACCGAAGAUUCUCCCAUAUUCGAAGCUAAACCACACGUCUUGCCUCAAUCCAGUGAUUCUAAAAAUCAAGGAAAGGGUUUUACCCGAAAACAUUUUACAAUAGAAGAAACCCCCAUAAAAUAUUUAGACCAAGCACUAACAGAAAUCGAUGUAAGUACAGAUAGAGAAAUAACCAAUCGAGAAAAAGAAGACACGGACACGACAAGCGAAAAGGAAACCUCCACUGUAGUUCCAGAACUAAUUCAACAACAAGAAAAGGACACGAGACCUACGAUAAUUGCGGAACUAAAAACUUCGGAAACCCGAGACUCAAUUGCGAGAGUAAGUGACCAUAAAGUAGUAUUUAUAGAUAUACACGGCAAACCGAUAGACAAAGGAGCCUUAGAAAUGAAGGAAACGGGAAAAUUGCCUCGUUACGAAGAUUUAAUGUUAGAGAAAGCAAGAUUGAAUUACGAUUCUGGAAAAUACAUUAUAUCCCUACCGAUAAAGGAAAAUAGAAAUAUUCCAAUAACACCAGAAAAUUUAUUAAACUCGCUAAGAUCUCUAUUAGACGUAGUGAAUGAAAAACAGUUAACUUCGUUUAGCAUUAGCAAAGGAAACUUGGAGGAAAUACCCUGGCGAUAUACAAUCAGAAAAUUAAAAGAAAUAUUUAUGGAAAAAACCUUAACCAUCACCAUUUGCACUGGGCAAGUAAUUACUCCACCUGUGGAAACGCGGAACAACAUAAUACGAGAAAAACAUGAAUCAAGCGUAACAGGACACAAAGGAAUUACCAAAACUUAUCAAAGAAUACGACAACACUACUAUUGGGAAAAUAUGAAAAGGGAAAUUCAAGAUUACGUAAGAACAUGUAAGGAAUGUCAAUUGAAGAAACUCACAAGAAUAAAAGCAAAACAACCAAUGGUACUUACAGACACACCAGGUAAAGCGUUCGAUAAGGUUAGUAUGGAUAUUGUAGGUCCAUUACCAAAAACCCAAAAGGGAAACGAAUAUAUAUUAACUAUCCAAGACUUAUUAACAAAAUACUCAAUUGGGAUUCCACUAGGAGGAAUCUCUUCAGCCGAGAUAGCGGACGUUUUUGUAAAGCGAUUUAUUUGUCGUUUCGGGUCACCGAGAGCUAUUCUCACUGAUCAAGGAACGAAUUUUACAUCCUCACUAAUGAAGAAAGUAGCAAAGAGAUUCCGCAUCAAACAAUAUACCACGACGGCAUAUCACCCACAAAGUAACGGUUCAAUUGAAAGAUCUCACCACGUACUGAUUGAAUAUCUCAAACUAUAUAUUGAAAAUUCCAGAAAUUGGGACGAAUGGGUAGAGUUAGCUAUGUUUUCCUAUAAUACCUCUGUACACGAAGGAACGAAAUUCUCCCCGCACGAAUUAGUUUUUGGACAUUUAGCCAGAGAACCUACAGGUGAAGUGAUAAUCGAAGAGAACUUAGAACCGACAUACGCAGAAUAUCUCGAAGACCUGUUCGAUAAAAUUAACACCGUACAACGAAUGGCAAGAGAAAAUUUAAUAAAAUCCAAACUAAGAUCAAAAGAAUAUUACGACCGACGAAUCAACCCCCAGGAUUUUAAGGUAGGAGAUUCGAUAUAUUUACUAAAAGAACCCAGUAAAGGAAAAUUCUCCGACCAAUAUACUGGACCAUAUAAAGUGCUAGAAAUCUUGCAGAACCAAAACGUCAAGAUUGAAGUAAAAGGGAUUCCGCGAACGGUGCACUUAAACAAACUAAAACUAGCGCAUAACCAAAAUAAGCAAUGA